GUCUUGGUUUGCUUGAUGCCCCUCUGUAAUUCUCGAGAUCGACUGUUUUCACACUUUUUAAACAGAAACACAGCAGCAAUCAGGCUACAUACAGUCUCACAACGUUACCCCCAAGUAGCCUUUGUCCUUUUCAUGCCUUGAUUCCCGUCCUUUUUCCAUUUCAUGAGCCUUGACGUGGAAACUUUAACUGUUCAGCUAAGGAGCCACCAAGGCACUACCUAUUGCGUGUCGAAGUCAUGAACAAGGAGGAGGUAUUAUAGUACACUAGAGGUACCUCUACCGGGCCGACCAUCACACAGUUUGGCCGAUCGUUUCACACUCACGCACUCGCGCCGUCGUUGCUCGGCUGACAGCACUCAACUGACCAUUACGUCCACGUCCACUCCAGUCCAAUCGUCCGAGGCCAUCGCGCGCCAUUUCAGCCACCAGUCAUUCUUAUCCUCCAGCCAAGCUCUUCCUGUCUAGCUCCUUCUUCGCCCAAUCCAAUACGAACGCGACCGGAAACGUUUUGUCGACCGGAAGACGACGACUCGGGCGCGAGCUGACCAAGGCGCUCUCGGUUUGGAAUUGGAACUCGACAUCUCCUCAUUGAACACCUCGCAACUUUGACUCGAAUCUCUUUUCCACACAUACCCGCAAACAAAACAGAAAAAAAAAGGAAGAAAAAGACCUGCUCAACAAACCUUACCCGACAGUCAACAAGGUCGACGUCCCAUACACAAGUCAACUCGAUGGCAGGCCCUGCGUCUCCCGGCAACGACGGCCCAACCUUUGCGCCCCCGCCGCUCCCGGCCGGCUGGAUCGCGCAAUGGGAUAACGCCUCCAAGAAGUACUACUACGUCCAGCUCUCCACCGGCGUUUCGCAAUGGGAGACUCCCACAGAUCCAGCUCCCGUUGGCGCCACCCCCGGAGCCGCUCAUGAACAUCCGUACGGCGUGCCCGGUAGCGACGCCGAUAGGAAACCCGAGAUCAUCACUUACCCAGACGGCAGCCAGAGCGCCAAGUACCCCGAUGGAAGAGUAGAGCCUGUUGCGCCACGAGAGGAUGGCACGAGGGGGAUUGGAGGCCCUGAUCAGGAUAGAAGUUUGGGUUCUUUUAUUGGCAACACUCUUAUUAGCAACCUCGCCGGCGGAGGCAAGCAGUCCCACGGAAGCAGCAGCGGUGGUGGUGCAGGUGGCCUGGUUGGCUCCCUGCUUCAGGGCGUCACAGGCGGUGGAGGCCACGGCUCUAGCGGACACGGAAACAGCAGCAGCGGCGGAGGAGGCCUUGGUGGAAAGAUUGCGUCCCAGCUCGUCUCGGGCAUGUUCUCUCCCGGUGGGAGCAACAAGCCCAAGCCUUCGUCUUCGUCCUCAUCCUCGCAGCAACACAAUUAUCACGGCAACCAGUCAUCUUCGCAUAGCUCUUCGGGCAGCCACGGCGGUGGUCUCGCUGGCGUUAUGGGCGGCAUCGGCAAUCUGUUCGGAAACAAGCCCAGCUCUAGCUCCGGCUUCGGCUACUCCAAUUCGGGACAAAGCGGUUCCUACAGCGGCCAGACACCUCCCGCGACAUAUCAGCAAGCCACGUCGGGAGGUGGCUCAUCCUCCACCUACCACACUGCCGGGCCCACGUCUCAAUCGCACCAGUCACACCAAUCGCACAGCGGCAGCAGUACCCCUUCUUACGGCGCGGCCGGCCAACAUGCCCCCUACGGCCAAAACCAGCACGGUCAGCAGCCUCCUUACGGUAGCACCUCAUCCUACACCUCACCUCCGACUGGUCAGCAGCCCCAGUAUGCUCCUCCCCCGGCCGAAGGACCACCGGGACAAUAUGGACAGCAAGGGCAGUACGGACAGCCCCCGCAGCAGCAACAUGGGUAUCAGGGUGCCCCGUAUGGUCAGCCGCAAGCAGGCGGCUACUAUCAGCAGGCCCCCUCGUACGGACAACCGCCGCAGGGAGCUCCCUAUGGCCAGCAGCAGCCUCCGUAUGGCGGACACCAGGGGCAACAACAGCAGUACCCACCGCCGCCUACUACCUAUGGCCAGCCGCCUAGUGGUCAGUAUGGCCAACAGCCUCAGUACGGCGUGCCGCCGCCACCCCAAUAUGGCGGGCAGCCGCAGGGACAGUAUCGGUACUAGGGAGGCCAGCCUCAUGAUGAUGGACUGCGUUUGACCGUGAAAGUUGCAGGUAGCCGUCAGCAUCAGUUCACCGGCGUCACGUUGAGAGGUGGAAUGGGAAUGCCGCCAGCAGCGUCGAAUUCGCGGUACGAUAACGAGCUUCAAGGACGGCUACUCUGAUUUCAGGUUGCGCGCAACGCCAAAAGUGGUUGACGUAUAGAGAACUGAAUAACCUGGCGAAGAUACCAAGGACUUACAGGGAUGAGGCCGGACAUGGUCGGUACAAAGGACAUAAUCGGGUAAAAAAAGCUUUUAACGACCAGGUUAUCGUUUUGGGAGAGGGAUGCGAAGACGUAACAGGAUGAGCUAGGUAUCUUGAAGUUGUCGAACAUCUAGCCUUGGAGUCGUAAUCAGUACACAGAGGCCAGCUACUCUGGGUGGCACCAGAAACAGCCACGGCACAGUAAGGCAAUGGGAAAUCCCUCUUUGACGAAGCAAUGAGAGCGUACACUAGCACGGAAACGGGAUCCUCCCCUUCAGUUGUACUCCUGGGUCGCAUAUAUUGGAGGAUUUAACGUGUUGUGGAGCCAAGUGACUGGAGGAAUCAAGGAAGUAGUGAUGUUGAAGAUGUAUGCUGAUUGGCGUCGGCAGUUUGGUUAAGCACCACUGCGUAAUUGUGUAUGUCUGUGACGUCUAUGCGGCGAUGGGGUAUAUGAGUUUCUUUUGGAGUCUUGCUGUUCAAAAUAUGGUAUUGACAUUGGAGAUUACAACGUACAUGUACAAACCUUGGUGAAAGGGGGAAGGGAGGAUUCUUUAGCUUAUAUGUGUGAACGUCUACACAGGAUUAUGUCGGUUUCAUCUGCAGCCAUUUGGGUACAAGCGAGGGCUUGCGCCAAGUACUUGAAAAGGUUGAGAUGAGGAAGGAGACAUAGACGGACGGCUGGCGAAACUGAAAGGCGCGAUGGGAACGGCAGCAAUUUCGUUCCUGUCUCGCACAAGUAUGGCUUUCUUGUAACAAAUAUACCAUUCACAGCGAGCAAAUGCGGUUGUCAAGGAUAUCAUGUCUAUUAUGUCUUUUUUUUCCUUCUAGAACCCCCUUCA